AAACAGUCGGGAAACUGUCAAAAAAGCAUCAGAAAUUCACAAGCGCACGUGAGAUUUGGAGAGUCCCCGCGGAAUCUGUUGUUCCGUGAUUGAUUGCAAGCUUCAUUGGAAUAAGUGUCACAAAGUACUUCCCCGUUUCCAACUAUGCCGGUGGAUCAGAAACGUAUCAACGGACCCGAAGGCUCGCUUCCCUACCAGAUUUUCGGUAAAAAUCGGGACAAAACAUUCGAGGAACGGGUGGCGGCCGUGUUCGAUUCCAGUGGAAAGCGAAAGUGCAGCCGAAAGGAUAAUGAAAGCCGAAAGUAUUUUAUGAAACUCGGUGUGGUAUCGACGGCCAAAGGCUCUGCUUAUCUGGAACUGGGAAAUACCAAGGUCAUAGUGUCGGUGUUUGAUCCCCGCGAGAUUCCCAAGCAGAACAAGUUCCGUGCCCUAGGCGAGCUGUAUUGCGAUUUCAAGUUCUCGACUUUUGCCUGCGUUCAUAGGAAGAACCCGCAAACCGAUGCCGAAGAGCGCUCCCUGGCGGCGGCCAUGACCAAGGCCCUGCAACCGGUUGUGUGUCGACAUUUGUUUCCGAAUUUUCAGAUCGAUAUCUUCGCAAACGUUCUGGAGGACGACGGUUCCGUUUUGGCCGCUGUUAUAACGGCUGCCGGGUUGGCCUUGAGCGACGCCACGAUUUCCAUGUUCGACAUCGUGACGGCUUCGACGGUUGCCGUUAUUGAGGAUAAGAUCUAUCUGGACCCGACCCGGGAAGAGGAACAGCUUUGCUUGGAAGGCGGAAGAAAUGGCAAUCAUGGAGUAAUCACAAUGGCGAAACUACAUACUCUAGAUCAGACGUCGGAAUUCCGACAAGCUGGCAAUAUUUCGUUGGACAAAUUGAAGGAAGCUUGCCAACGAUUGAAUGAAGCGAGUCUUGAAAUAGCCCCCGUUGUUCAGCAGAUGCUGGUGAGCAAGGUACAGAAACACAUGGCGGAGAUCGAUCUGGAGGAAGAGGAAGAUGUUGAUGAGGACAAGGAAGAUUUGGAUGCGACCAGUACGAGUCAGGUUUCGGUUACUGCGGAUGCUUGAAUAAACAUCGAGGUUUUCGGAAA